AUGCAUCUCCGUAGCACUCUUUUUGCCCUCAGUAUCGCUCUGACUGAGCUGGGUGUCGCUGUUCCAGUCCAAGACAGUCCCCGCCAGCGACUGCUGGAUGGCCUUGACCUCCCUACCAAAUAUCGCACGACGAAGAAUCCAUAUACCCCAGGCUAUAAGGACCCGCUGGACAAGGCCAUUGACACUAUCGGUAACAAGCUAGACCCGUUGCCUUAUCGAAAUGGCCUGGGCGCAUCUGUCCUCGGCCCCUGGAACUGGGAGCGAUCACGACAAAGCCCUGACCUUGUGCGGCCGCCCAGCACCGACCAUGGGAACAUGAAGAACAUGCGCUGGAGUUUUGCAGAUUCCCAUGUUCGAAUUGAGGAGGGCGGGUGGACCCGACAAACGACCGUCCGAGAGCUCGGUUCUAGCGUCGAGUUGGCUAGCGUCAACAUGCGAUUAGAUGAGGGUGUAAUUCGAGAGUUGCACUGGCACAAGGAGGCUGAAUGGGCCUAUGUUCUGGAUGGCGAGGUUCGUGUCACCGCUAUUGACUACGAGGGAGGCAGCUUCUUUGAUGACCUCAAGAAGGGAGACCUCUGGUACUUCCCAAGUGGUGUACCGCACUCGUUGCAAGGUCUGAGUCCGAACGGCACUGAGUUCCUGCUGGUCUUUGACGACGGCAACUUCUCUGAAGAAUCUACAUUCAUCCUGACAGACUGGCUUGCCCACACCCCCAAGUCUGUUAUUUCCAAGAACUUCAACCUGCCUCCAGAGAUUUUUGCGCAUAUCCCCGAAGGCGAAAAAUACAUCUUUCAGGGUCGAAACCCUGGGAAAAUUGAUGACGAGAAGCCUACAGGCAAGGGAGUCAAGAAGUCCAAGUACAACUUCACGCACAGAAUGCUAGACCAAAAGCCUAAGGAGACAAGUGGAGGACUUGUCCGCAUCGCCGAUUCCAAGAACUUCCCCAUCUCCAAGACUGUCGCUGCAGCCCACGUCACUAUUGAGCCAGGUGCCCUAAGAGAGAUGCACUGGCACCCGAACGCGGACGAGUGGUCAUUCUUUAUCAAGGGCCGUGCUCGAGUGACGAUCUUUGCGUCAGAGGGGACCGCUCGGACCUUCGACUUCGUUCCUGGCGAUGUCGGCAUCGUACCGAGGAACAUGGGGCACUUCGUCGAGAAUAUUGGCGAUGAGCCCGUUGAAAUGCUCGAGGUCUUCCGCGCGGAUGAGUUUCGUGACUUUUCCUUGUUCCAGUGGAUGGGUGAGACUCCCAAGAAGAUGGUCAUCGACCACCUGUUUGCCGAUGAUCCGAAGAACGGCGAGAUCUUCUGGGACAAAGUUAAGACUGCGGAGAAAGACGAGGUCACCCAGCCCGACGAAGACAUCCUCUCGCCUCCCAUCUACGCUGAUGAGCUUUAG